ACCACAGCACAGCUCCUCUUUCCAAAACUCAAGGAAUUUACUCUACAAACAAACAGAUAAAGCGUCCAGGACUGAAUACAGCCUACCUGAAGCUCUUUCACUCUGCUCCACCAUGCCUCCUCACCUCUUCCUCCGCCCUCUACUUCUUCUCCUCCACUGCUUUUCCUCACUCGCUCUGUCUUCCUUCUCUGAUCCUGGCGGCCGAGCCGAAUAUCGUAUCUCUGACCCGUCCUUCACCUGCUUCACUCACCUCACAGUCCACUCCGAUUCGGGUGAUCUUUACAUCGGCGCCGUGAAUCGGAUCCUGAAGCUCUCCGCCGACCUGAAGGUGCAGGCGGGUCAUGCGACGGGCCCGGCUGUAGACAACAAGGAGUGCUACCCCGCUCCUAUUGUUGCACCUUGUGAACACAGCCUGGAUUGGUCCAAUAAUGUGAACAAACUUCUCCUGGUGGACUACAGUGCGAACAGACUUCUGGCCUGUGGGACCAAAUGGCAGGGUGUGUGCAAGUUCCUCAGUUUGGACUAUCUCUUCACACUGAGAGAACCACACCACCUCAAACAGCACUAUGUGUCCAGGGCCCGCGGAGGGAUGGCAGGUGUAAUUGUGAAACAUAAGGACGUCAUUGAUCCUGACAGUGGGAGGCGAAUCAGAGGCAAGACUCAUCUCUUCAUCGGAACUGCCGUCGCUGGCAAGCCCCAAUACUUCCCCUCUCUCUCUAGUCGCAGCCUGUACUCUGACGUAGACAACAACGAUAUGCUGUCUUUGGUCUAUCAGGACGAAUUUGAAGCUUCUCAAAUCAAAAUCCCACUGAACACAGUUACCCUGUACCCUGACUUCGACAUCAACUAUAUCUACGCUUUCUCCAGUGGCUCCUUCGUCUACUUCAUUAUGGAACAUCUGGACACAGAGCUCACCAAGUCGGACAAGGGAGGAGGGGAGAAGUUCUACACCUCCAAGAUCGUCCGACUGUGUUCCAAUGACAAGAAGUUUCAUUCGUAUGUGGAGUUUCCGCUGGGCUGCACCAAAGACGGGGUGGAGUAUAGACUGGUGCAGGCUGCGUUCAGGCAGAAAGCUGGAAAGAAGCUGGCUCUGGCGCUGGGGCUGGGGGAGGAUGACGAUGUUCUGUUUGUGGUCUUCGCGAAGGGUCAGCAGAAGCAGUCUAACCCUCUGACAGAGACGGUCCUCUGCCUCUUCACUCUUCGUGACAUAAACCGGGUCAUCAGCGAGAGGAUCCGCUCCUGUUACCGAGGGGAGGGCAGGCUGUCUGUGCCCUGGCUGUUCGGCAGGGAGAUCCCAUGUAUACAUGUGAUCCAACAGAUUGGAGACGACUUUUGUGGCUUGGACGUGAACCAGCCUCUGGGAGGAAGGAGUGUGAUCCAGGGACACCCCCUGUAUGAGGACCGUGCCCAGGGCAUGGGGGCCGUGGCUGGGUACACAUACAGGGAGGACACCGUAGUGUUUGUGGGGACGAGGACUGGACAGUUAAAAAAGUUCCGAGUGGAUGGCGUGUCACUCUCCCAGAAUGCUUUGCUGUACACAACAGUGAGCGUGGUGGAGGGGGAGCCCAUCCUCAGAGACAUGGCCUUCAGUCCAGAUCAUCGCUACAUCUACGUGCUCAGCCCCAAACAGGUGACCCGUUUACCGGUCGACUCUUGUGACCAGUACAGCACCUGCUCCGAGUGCCUGGGCUCCGGAGAUCCUCACUGCGGCUGGUGUGCCCACGCAUACAAGUGUUCAAGACGUGAGUCAUGUGACAACCCUGACGACCCUCAGAAUUUUCACCUCAGGCUGGACCAGUGUGUGGACGUCCCAACUGUUCCCAAAGCCAAACCCAUAAUGGACAUUAAUGUGGCCUGCGGAAUUUAA